AAUUAUCCGAUGUUUAAAAUUCAGAAAUGCAGGAACAGUUCCAGUGAAGCUGUCGAAGAAGCAGAGUACACAUUCGAGCUCCGAUAAUGGAGCUAGUAGCUCUUCACAUUUCUCCGACGUUCGUGAGGGAAAGUUUCUUGACCGCCAGACAUAACAAGCCCUCUGUUUUCCUUCACUACGUUAGAAUUCGGUACGAAAAAUCGCGGUUCCGAUUUGAAGCUCGAAAAGCCGGUUCCCGGUGCUGGAAUCCGAACAAGAUUUCCCGGUUAGAUUUUAUCCAACAGGAACUUGAAAGAAACAGCGUCAUAGAAGAUUCGGAAGAAGAAGCGAGUAUAAGUGGUGACGAGGAGUCUUUUUUGUCUUUGAGUGAAAAGCCAGAUAGGUACAUGGCUUUGCUUGACGAGUACGAGUUAGAAGAGCUUGAUUUUGCCUCUCACGCUAACCACCGCAGCGGGUAUGUGGCUGUACUUGGGAAGCCAAAUGUUGGAAAGAGUACACUUGCUAAUCAAAUGAUCGGUCAAAAGUUGUCGAUAGUUACAGAUAAACCUCAGACUACGAGGCAUCGAGUCCUUGGUAUAUGUUCUGGCCCAGAAUAUCAGAUGAUACUAUAUGACACUCCGGGUGUCAUUGAGAAGAAAAUGCACAAGUUGGACUCUAUGAUGAUGAAGAAUGUCCGAAGUGCUGCCUUAAAUGCGGACUGUGUUAUUGUUCUUGUUGAUGCAUGUAAAGUGCCUGAAAAAAUUGAUGAAGUGUUAGAAGAAGGUGUAGGAGAUAACAAGUGUAAGCUGCCCACUUUACUGGUUUUGAAUAAGAAAGAUAUGAUAAAACCUGGAGAAAUCGCAAAAAAGCUUGAGUGGUAUGAGAAAUUUACUGAUGUUGAUGAGGUCAUACCUGUGAGUGCAAAGUUUGGUCAUGGGGUAGAUGAUGUUAAGGAUUGGAUAUUGUCAAAACUUCCGACUGGGCCACCUUACUAUCCAAAGGACAUUGUCAGUGAGCACCCAGAGAGGUUCUUUGUAGCUGAACUUAUCAGAGAAAAGAUAUUUAUGCAGUACCGCAAUGAGGUUCCUUAUGCAUGUCAGGUAAAUGUCGUGAGCUAUAAAACCAGGCCAACUGCAAAAGACUUUAUAGAAGUAGAAAUUGUUGUUGAGAAAGACUCCCAGAAAAUCAUCCUAAUUGGAAAAGGAGGGAAGGCUCUGAAAAUACUUGCAACAGCUGCUCGACUUGACAUAGAAGAUUUCUUACAGAAGAAGGUCUUCCUUGAGGUUCAAGUGAAAGUAAAAGAGAAUUGGCGGCAAGAUGAAGGGCUGUUGAGGUACUAUGGCUACGGGGGGCAGAUUCAAGCACUAUAACAUUUGUCCCACAUUUGAUACAAGUUAUCUUCUUGUAAUAGUAAAGAGUAGCUGUAUGGUUGUAUGAUGAAAAAUGUUUUCAAUCAGUUUUGGACUGAGUAGGUUCAAGAAGUAUGGCAUUGGUGUCAGAUUUCAUCAUCCAGAAAUUUGUUUCCCGUAGGCAAUAUGUUCAAAAUCCAUCCAUAAAAUACAAAUAUAUCAUUAAUAUUUGGUCA